AUGCUUGACUCAUCAACUGUCUGGUUCAUCACCGGCUGCUCCUCUGGCUUGGGAAAAUCCCUUGCAAGCCUCGUCCACAGCGCCGGCCAUCGGCUCGUGGCCACAGCUCGCAACGUGGACUCCCUCUCCUACCUCCCCGAUGACUCCAAUGUGCUCAAACUCGCUCUGGACGUCACCUCAAAAGCAGCCAUCCUCGAAACCCUGUCCGCCACCGUGGCCAAAUUCGGCCGCCUCGACGUGGUGGUCAACAAUGCCGGCUACGCCCUCAUGGGCGAUACAGAAGCCAUUCCCGAGUCCGACGCGCGCCUCCUACUCGACACCAUCUUCUGGGGCCCUGCAUUCAUCUCCCAGGAGGCCGUGCGCAUCUUCCGCGAGGUCAACCCGGCCGGGACGGGCGGGACCAUCGUGCAGAUCUCCUCGAUUGGAGGAUACGUGGCGUUUCCCGGCAGUGCGUUUUACCAGGCUGGGAAAUUCGCCUUGGGUGGGUUCACGGAGGCCUUUGCUAAGGAAAUGAACCCCGAGUGGCGCAUUCGGUUCUUGAUUGUCGCGCCGGGCGGCAUUAAGACCAAUUUUGGGAGCAAUGGGAAGUAUAUUCCUAGGCAUCCGGCGUAUGAUACACCUGACGGCCCGCUGAAUCGGGUGUUGGCGUAUAUGAGGAAUCCGGCGAUGUUGGAGUCGUUCUCGAAGGCGGAUAAGUGCGCCAAGGCGCUCUUUGAUGUGCUUGUUGGGCAGGAUGAGAGGAAGCUGCCGAGGAAAUUACUUCUGGGACCCGAAACAAUCCCAAUGUUGGAGGCUGAGAUGAAAAAGUCUCAGGAGGAGAUGGAGGCGUGGAGGGAUGUGACGGUCAGCCCCUCGUCAUCGGGUGGUGCGAAGGAUGUGCCAAUUGUUUGA